GAGACCGGAGGGAGAACAGGCCCGGCUCCUUCGUUUGCUCUCCGAAAACUCUCGGGGGCCGUUAUUAUGAUUCUCAGAGAGGCUGUCUCGACGGAGGUCGCGUUUCGGGUCUAGGCUGCUUCUUCUUCUUCUUCUUCUUCGGCUUCUUCGGCUUCUGGGUUUCGGAUCUCUCGCUGUCUCAUGGCCGGCAGCGACGAAGUCAACGCCAAUGAAUCUAAGAGAGUUGUUCCCUUAAACACAUGGGUCCUCAUCUCUAACUUCAAGCUAGCAUACAAUCUCCUCCGCCGGCCCGAUGGGACCUUCAAUAGGGACUUGGCUGAGUUCCUUGACCGGAAAGUUCCCGCCAACACCGUCCCGGUCGACGGAGUCUUGUCGUUCGAUCACGUCCAUCGUGCCACCGGCCUUCUGAACCGGGUGUACUUACCGGCGCCUGAUGAUGUCUCUCAAUGGGGAUUUGAAGAGCUCGAGAAGCCUCUGAGCACCACCGAGGAUGUCCCUGUCAUUUUAUUCUUCCACGGCGGGAGCUUCAGCCACUCCUCUGCCAACAGUGCGAUUUAUGACACCUUCUGCCGCCGCCUCGUCGGCCUUUGCAAGGGGGCAGUCGUGUCGGUGAAUUACCGCCGCUCGCCCGAACACAGAUACCCCUGUGCCUACGAUGAUGGUUGGGCAGCCCUGAAGUGGGUGAAGUCGAGACCGUGGCUAAUGAGUGGGAAAGACUCUAAAGUCCAUGUGUAUUUAGCUGGCGAUAGCUCGGGCGGUAACAUUGCUCACCACGUGGCAGUCAGGGCUGCCGAGGCCGAGGUGGAAGUACUAGGUAACAUCCUUCUUCAUCCUUUGUUUGGCGGGCAAGAAAGAACCGAAUCCGAGAAGAAAUUAGAUGGGAAGUACUUUGUGAAACUUGAGGACCGCGACUGGUACUGGCGGGCUUAUCUUCCCGAAGGGGAAGACCGAGACCACCCUGCCUGCAAUCCCUUCGGACCCCGCGGCAGAAGCCUUGAGGGGCUUAAGUUUCCGAAGAGCCUCGUUGUCGUGGCGGGUCUGGAUCUUCUCCAGGACUGGCAAAUAGCUUAUGUAGAAGGGUUAAAAAGGAACGGUCAAGAUGUGAAGUUGCUAUAUCUGAAGCAGGCCACCAUCGGCUUUUACUUCCUCCCGAACAACGAGCAUUUCUACUGCCUCAUGGAGGAGAUCAAGAACUUUGUCAAGUCUGACUGUUAAAUAUAAGACCCACUUAACCUUACUUACUGGCAGAAGCAGUCCAUACAUAACACAAGCUUGACUGUUUUCGGGUUUUGUAUUCGGUUUUCCAUCUAUUGCUGGGGUGGUUGUGUAGUAUUUUCUUCGGUUUGCUGUUCUAGCAUUUAUGGUGGUAGGAUGAGAGUUCUAUCGAUCAGCCGGGUCUCUGGAGAUGGCGGCCUUCAUCGUGGCGGAUCGGACUCUGCUAUACAAUAUGGACGGAUCGUCUUAUAUCUAAUAUAACCUCUUACCGUGUUCAGCGUCCAGCUGGGGAUUAAUGGGGUGGCAGGACUCGUGGCAUCGACGCGCGGUGGUCGAUGGAUCUGGUCUUAGCAGGUGAUCAUUCUUAGGAAGCACUAAUUUCUGAACUUUGAUUAUGCAAUCAUGGUACGGAAUAUGUAUGUGAUACUUGUGGCGUAGAGCAAUACAAGAAAAAGGCUUUUGCCUGUAUAUUUUCCUUC